AUGAUCUUCUGUAAGGGUAAUGCUGACUCUAUUAUGGGUGUUUUAAGUGUUCUAGACCUUUUUUAUGAAAUCUCUGGGCUUCAACUUAAUUCCUCCAAAUGCAAAAUUUUUUCUACUGGUUGUUCUUCAAGAUCAGUGGAUUUAUUUCAACAGAUUUCUGGUUUCAAAAAAGGUAGCUUACCUGUUAGAUACUUAGGUAUUCCUCUUGUUACUCGUAAACUUACUGAGAAGGAUUGUGUUGUGCUUAUUGAUAAAAUUAAACAGAGGCUUCACCAUUGGUCUGCUAGAAAUCUGAGCUACGCUGGCAGACUUGAACUCAUUCGCUCUGUCCUUUUCAGCGUCUCAAAUUAUUGGUGCAGACAACUAAUCCUUCCCAAUUCGAUCCUUACAAAAGUGGACCAACUCUGCUCCAGAUUUUUCUGGAAAGGUGACGAUAAGUCUGCCACAGGUGCUCGAGUAAGCUGGGAUUUUAUCUGCUUCUCUAAAGCCGAAGGCGGCCUUGGCCUCAAAAACACUAAAAUCUGGAACAAAGCGUGUUCUAUUGAUCUAAUCCGGAAAAUCUUAGCGGGUGAUGACUCGCUUUGGGUGGCUUGGUUAAAUUCUUAUGUUUUCAAAGAUCAAGAUUUUUGGAAUUUUGUUGCAGGUUCUAAUGUGGGCUGGAGUAUUAAUAGACUCCUAAAUUUACGUCCUACUGUUCUCAACAUCUUCUCCUCAUCAAGUUCUCUUAGGCUAAGAGAUAUUUGGGAUUCUAUCCGAAUCAAAAGGGAGAAAGUUCCCUGGCAGAAUCUAAUUUGGUUUCCCAUGCACAUUCCUAAAUUCAGUUUGAUUGCUUGGAUGUCUUUGUUAAACAGAUUACCAACUAGAGAUCGGCUCCUCAAAAUGGGUAUUUCAACAGAAUGGACAUGUGUAAACUGCAGAAUCGAUCAGGAAAUAAGAAAUCAUAUUUUCUGUCAAUGCACUCUUGCUGUUCAACUUUGGAGCUCCGUCCUAUCGCUUAAUGGCUUGAAGAAUACAUCCACUACAUGGGAAGAAAUGGUUAAUCAGGCUACUUCAACAUGGAAAGGGAAAUCCUUACUCAUCACAAUUCUGAAGAUUUCUUGGAUAGCCUAUAUUUACACAUUGUGGGAGGAAAGAAAUCACAGAAUUUUCAAAAGUCGUUACAGAUCUUCAGAUGAAUUGCUCAAGGUUAUUAUUGAAGCUGUGCGAAUCCAACUAAAGGGUAAAAAUAUUAAUCGAGCUGAUAGAAUUAAUUCUAACCUUUGUAUUGCAUGA